AGAUAACUCGCUCCACUUCUUCCACUUCCCUUCGUCCCCCUCUCCUCCUCGCCUCCUCCUCUUCUUCUCUCCUUCCUCGUAUCCUACGCCAUCUCCUCUCUCGUAACCACGAACCCCCUCUCCCGCCUCGCUCCUGAGCCCAAAUCGCUCUCUCCCAAGUCUUGUGUGGUGUGGGCCCAUAGCGAUCCGAGAUCGGGGUGAUUCGAGACCUCGCGUCCAACCGUCAUGCCCCGCGGUUCCUUCGCUUCACCGUCUUUUUCUCUUUCCAUCUGUUGACUCGAGAUUCCUCGCCAUGCGCCCUCAUGUUUCUCUCGCAUUAACUCUAUCCGCCGCCCUCACAGCCGCAAACGUCCUCCCCGUCAACGAGCGCUGUGUCACGUCGGUACACACAGCCUAUGGAUACAUUGCUUUCGCUAGCUCGCCGUCAAACGGGCACUACCAGACAAAAUGUGAGGAUCCGCUCAAGGUGACGUCGAUUUACGCCUCUUCGGAGGUAUUUUGUCGGCCCGCUGAGCGCGCUGCGGGUAUCAGGGGGCUAGAGACGCUGUGUAGGGGGGUGGGAUUCGAACUUAUCCCGCGGGAGCAGUUGGCGGAGAAUCUCACGGAGGAUGUGUUAAGUCGCAUGCGGGCUGUCGAUUACUUUGAAGUUCCUGUUAGCGAUCCAGUCGAUGUACCGGUUCUUCUUACAAGCGCGCAUUAUGAUCGCGUUUUCAAGACUAUAGACACCUGGGCAUACGAAAUGUGGACGCAUUAUGCAUAUGGCUACGCUGGCUACCUCUACUGGGCGUGCAUCCUAGGAGUAGGCAUGCUCCACCGUCUCGUUCAACAUCUCCUACACUCUCGACAUGAUCAUCCGUCACAACUUGCUACACCGCUGCGAUAUCUACCAUUCCGGCAAGUAUCUCACUGGGUCGAAACGCACUUGUUGGUAUCGACCACGAUCCCAUCUCGCGGGCCGGAAUUCUUCUGGUGGACGUUUGCGAACCGGGGUGAGGCUAUCGUCGUUAUAGGCUUCUGGAUACUGAGCACCGUCGCUUGCGUCAUCAACUAUUACGCUUUCCCCGAGAACAUAUACUUCCCUCCAGUGUCCACACAGGUCGUUCGCUACAUCGCAGAUCGAACAGGAAUUAUAUCCUUUGCCAACCUUCCCUUGCUAUGGCUCUUUGCCGGUCGUAACAACAUUUGCGCCUGGGCUACUGGUUGGAAUUUUGCCACGUUCAACGUCUUUCACCGGCAUAUCGCUUGGAUAGCUACCAUCCAGGCAGUUGUCCAUACAGUCGCGUAUCUUGUCCUUUUCUCUUGGAAUCCCAAUCCCUGGAAAAAGCUUCGCAAGGCUUACAUUCUAUGGGGAUUCCUGGCAACCGGCUUGAUGGUCUUGAUCCUUCCAGCUGCGGUGAACUGGUUCCGCCAUCGAGCAUACGAGACUUUUCUCUUCAUUCACAUCAUCUUCUCCAUUGGCCUUCUUGUCGGGUGCUUCUAUCACACAAUCAUCUUCGAGGGCCAGGAAUACUGGGGCCAAGCAUACUGGUUCUACCUCUGGCUGCCGGUCGGUAUCUGGGCAUUUGACCGAAUCCUGCGUCUUGUUCGAGUGAUAUACUUGAACAUUCACGUUCGGAGGAACUCGCAGUCUCGAGUUCAGUGCACCAAAAGUCUGGCAAUAUACGACAAAGCAGCGGACCUGAUCCGCCUCGAGGUCGUGCCCGGCUCGUCAUCCCUCCGUCCCCGUCCAGGACAAUACUACUUCCUCUACCAACCCUUCCGCCUCACAGGCUGGGAAAGCCACCCCUUCACCCUCGGCUCCUGGUCCUACGAAAUCGGACGAAACGUAUCCCCUUUAACAAGCAUCCCAACAAAAGACGACGAAACAGUCGACGUCUCGCAAAUCCCCCUCCUCUCCGACGACUCUUCAUCCGGAAGCCGAUCUUUCCAAUUGCAGACGGCAUCCACGCCUCGAGAACUAAAGCUCAUAUUUUGGAUCCGCCCCUACGACGGCUGGACUCGUCAUCUCCGUCGGGAAUGUCUCAAGUCUCCUGAUCGGACAAGUAAUGUCAGUAUCCUCCUCGAAGGACCCUACGGACACGAAUCGCCACUCUGGAGUUACGACUCUGUCCUUCUAAUUGCAGGCGGGACGGGCAUUGCGUCUGCGAUGCCAUAUAUAAACGACCACAUUGCUCGGUCCUCGUUCUCUCCUGACGACGAAGACAAGAUCAAAACACGCAUCCAGGACAUGCAGCUCAUCUGGGUGACGCGCCAACGAGCCUUCAUCCACGACCUUGCAACCCGAGAACUACGCCCCGCCCUCGCGCGGCCUGACUUCCGCGCUUCAUUUUACUCAACUCUACCCCUUACAUCCACAUCGUCACCAUCGUCACCAUCGUCACCAUCGUCACCAUCGUCACCAUCGUCACCAUCGUCACCAUCGUCACCAUCGUCACCAUCGUCACCAUCGUCACCAUCGUCACCAUCGUCGAAUCAAUACCAACGCAACCCCGCCACCGACCCAUCUUCCACUACCCUUUAUACACAAAACAUCUCACCAGACCCAGAAACCGAUAUCGAAAUCUUCUCCGGCCGCCCAAACCUCGAGAAACAGAUCCUGGCCUUCGCACACGGGGCGCAGAGUAGCGAUUCUUCGGCUGCCGUGCUUGUUUGUGGCCCGCGCGCUAUGGCUGGUGAGGCCCGUUCCGCGGUUUAUCUCGCUAUGAGGCAGGGGUAUCAGCUGAAGUAUGUGGAGGAGUCGUUUACGUGGUGA